AUGGCAACAUCAUCUUCAGCAGACUCUACAGUGAUUGGAGUGAUCGAUCAGAAAUUUGAAGGGGGCUAUGUAGUUACCGUGACAAUGGGUUCUGAGCAAUUGAAUGGUGUACUUUAUUAUGCUCAAGAGGAUUCUGUAUUAUUGCCUGCACCAUCCCAUAACAACAACAAUGCUGCUGCUGCUUCAUUGCAGAAGAAGAAGAGACGCAGAAGCAAAUCGGAAAUAAAAAGGAGAAACCCUGCUCUUCCAAAACCCAAAAAAACUGGCUACAAUUUCUUCUUUGCUGAAGAACAUGCAAGAUUAAAGCCAUAUCACCAAGGAAAGGAGACAGAUAUUGGGAGGAUGAUUGGUGAAAACUGGAGCAAGUUAACAGAGUCCGAAAAAAUGGUGUAUCAAGAGAUGUCCAAUAAGGAUAAAGAGAGAUACUUAAAAGAAAUGGAAGAAUAUGUGGAGAAACUGAAGGCGGACCAAGUCAUCGUUGAUGCUGUGCCACUUCGACAAUGGCCUCCUCAACAGGAUACAGACAUUCAAAUGGAAGAAGCUGAGGCUGGAGAGGGAAGUUUUGAUAUGAAUGCAAUGUCUCUUAUGGAUUCAGAAGAGAGGUUUUCUUAUUAG